UUUAUCACAAAACUGAGAUAACAUAUUUGUCGUAGAAAUGGUUGUCAAGACAAUUAUAACAUCCUUAAUUCUCGUGUUCUUACUUAGUACAUCGGCAGCUGGUGGAAGAACAAAGCUGAUGGGCCUGGAUUCUGGUGAUUAUGCAGAUGGUAUCUGUAAGUCAAGGGUGGAGGCACAAGGUUAUAGCUGUGAAGAGCAUAAAGUGACAACCAAAGACGGUUAUAUUCUGAGCUUGCAGAGGAUUCCGGCGGGACGAUCCGACGGCAAGAAGACAGGAGCUAGGCCACCAGUUCUUCUCCAACAUGGACUCAUGAGUGAUGCUUUGACAUGGCUGUCGAAUUCUCCGGAUGAAUCUUUGGGAUUCAUAUUGGCGGAUAACGGUUUCGAUGUUUGGCUGGCCAAUGUUCGUGGUACGAAUUAUAGCAGCGGACACACGUCUCUCAGUCCCAACGAUCCGGAAUACUGGGACUGGUCAUGGGACGAGUUAGUAGAGUACGACCUACCAGCUUUUGUCCAAUAUGUUAAUGGCCAAACAGGGCAGAAGUUGCACUAUGUUGGUCAUUCUUUGGGGACUUUGAUGUCUUUUGGUGCAUUUUCAAGAGAAGAGGUGAUAAACAUGGUAAGAUCAGCUGCUUUGCUCAGCCCCAUAGCCUACAUGGGUCAGAUGCCAUCUCCACUUGCCAGAGCUGCUGCUGAUAUAUUCACAGCUGAAGUCUUAUACUGGUUGGGGCUCAAAGAGUUUGCUCCAGGAGGAGGGCCUGCUUCCAAACUCGUCAGUGAUAUAUGCAGCACGAUCGAUUGUACUGACCUGGAGAGUGUAAUUACAGGCCCUAAUUGUUGCAUGAAUUCUUCAAGCUCAAAUCUUGCUCACCAACAACCUACGGCCACAAAGAACAUGAUCCAUUUAGCCCAGAUGAUCAGACAAGGGACCAUAGCGAUGUACGACUACGGUAGCGACGACGACAACAACAAACACUACGGACAGACGACUCCACCGGACUACAACAUGACCAGCAUUCCCAACGACCUUCCUCUUUUCCUCAGCUACGGAGGAGAGGAUUUGCUCUCCGAUGUCAAAGACGUGCAGACGUUGAUCGACACGCUCUCGGACCACGACCCCGAUAAGCUUGUAUUGCACUACGUCGACGACUAUGCUCAUCUAGACUUUGUUUCUGCAGUGAACGCUAAGCAGGUUGUGUACGAUCCUCUCAUCGCCUUCUUCCGACUGAAUCAGAAAUGAGCAAUGUUUAGGAGGUAUUAGAACUUUAGGUCCCAAUACAAACCUACUUAUUUAUGUAAAUUUUAAGUGAACUUCAACAUAUAUAGUAAGCAAACAAAUGUGUACAUCCUUUGUAGUAUAUUAUACUAAUUACUUGGUAAAUAUAUACGGGCUUAAAUGCAAUUUAAUCCCGUGUGAUA